AUGCUGGCCAAGGCGACUGCAUGUCUGCUGUGUUACCGGACCCACGUGCCACGAACACUCGUCAUCUUCCAGAGCGAUAUGAUCUUUCCUUUUUUAAACGUAAAGCCUCUCAGCCGUGGCGCAGCAAUGGCGCCAGCGGACGGCGGCAUGGAAGCCAGCCGGCGCAUGCACGAUUAUCUCCUUUCCAAACAGCGCAAACAGGAGGAGUAUUGGUUGCGAAAGUACGGCAGGGUACUGCAGGCUCCGCCACCCAGCGUUGGCAAGCCAGCUGCCAAUCCGCGCCUACCGCCAAUAGCCGGCGGCAGCGCUUCCGGAAGCGGCCCGUCUUCCAGCCGUGGCAGCAACGUUGGGCUUAAUGGUGAACCCAGCGCCGCCGGCAGCGGCAGCGGCGGCGGCCUGCUGCCGCCGGUGCCUGGCGCACAGGGCCCUCCGGGGGCGCCACUCGGCGGUCUCUCACCCCAUCACCUCCGCCAGCCCAAAGGCAAUGCGCCCAUCUUCCGCGCUAAUGAGCCCGUGAAGGACUUUUUCUCUCGCAACGUCCGCCAGUCGCGCACCAGCGGCCUCGCCAUGUCGCGCGAUGAGUAUGGCAACAUGCUGCAGCCGAGCCAUCGGCCCCCGGAGCCGUACCGUGCGCGGGGCCUGCCAUCGCAGCUACCGCCGAUGGCAAACUACGGACAACAGCACCAACAGCAACAGCAGCACCAUCAGGUUUCACCGGAGACCGAUGAACAGCCCCCUGUGUCAUCACCACAACAGCAGCAGCAGCAGCAGCAGGCGUACAACGAGCCCCCAACAUCCCAGCAGCAGCAGCAGCAGCAACAACAGCAACAAUACCAGCAACAUCCCUACGGAAAUUAUCCGCAAGCCCAAUACUUGCAACAACAGCAACAACAACAACAACAACAACAGCACAUUCAGCAGCAGCAGCAGCAACACCACCAUCACCAUCACCAGCAGCAGGCGUCACCCAGGGGCGGCUACCAGCCGCCACCCCGAGUGGGGGUGCCGCAGCCCCGCACGCUGCCGCCACUGCCGGGCGAGACCCCCUCCAGCCGCUCACCUCCGGGCAGUGUGGGCUCCGGACCCGCCGGCAGACCGCUCCGAAGCCUGGAGAUGGAGCUGGCGGUCAUUCGGGCCAUCAAGGCUCGCGAGGAUGUGCUUGAGCGGUUGCGCAUUGCCAGUGGCAAACUGGACAGCGGCUUUGGCGGCUCCUCGCCUGUGGUGCUCUCCCCGGUUGACCCCCUGGUGCGGCUGUUCUACCGGCUGGUGGGCACUCUGAGGCAGCGGACGCUGGACGUCAUUGAGGCGAUUGCGGCGUGGCGGCGCAAGGUGAACCCCGCCGACCCGUUCAUCUACUACGGGGUGGACUACUUGGCGGCCAUAGGGCCCGAUGUGGGCUUCCUGGACGAGCUACCCUUCCUGCGUAGCCGGCUGACCUUCACCCGGGCGGCGGACGACCCCUUCCUGUCGGAGGUGACUCCGGACGGUAUCCCCAUCGAGGAGGCCACCACAUGCGACCUGAGGAGAGGCGGUCAGCGGUUCUCCUCUGAGGCGCUGCGCAUUCGCAUGGCACGCAAGGUCCUCGCGCACUACUGCGGUCGGGCGCUACCCGGGGAGGCCUCCGCGCUCUCACUGGAGGGCGGCGCGAGCACCAUGUCCGGGGGGGGGCUGCACGCGGAGCCCUCUCAGCCUCGCUCCAUUCGCAGCGCGCUGACGACGGGCCAGGGAGCGGAGGAGGAGGACGGGGCCGCUGGUGGCGCUGGCGGCGCUGGUGGUGUGGUUAUGACGACUGAGCAGAUUAUUCGGGCGCUGUCGCCGACGAUGCCACCGGUGAGCGCGCUGCAGCCGCCCGCACCACGCGCGAUCACGCCACCGGCGGAAGCGGACUCGCCGGCUGUGGCGGCGGCGGCGGCGGCGGACUCGGCGGUGGGACGGCAGCGGGAGGAAGAGGAGGAACAUGCACGGCGAGAUGCGGCGGGAGAUGAGGCGGCGGGAGAAACCGCCCUGUCUGUGCGGGAGGCGCAGGAAGAGGAAGGAAUGGAGGCGGAGGGUGAACAGCCCGUAGGAGUCAAAGAUAAAUUGGAUGGUGCUCCGUUACCACCGCACGACCAAUCGCUACAUCGUGAGGACGAGGACGAGGUGGAGAACGGGGAGGAGCAGCCCACGGCAGCGGCGAUCGUCGCUUCCGCUGAGCUGGACGAGCAGGCGGUACCGGAGCCGGAUCAGCCGCCGCCGCCGCCGCCGCCGCCACAGGUGGAGCACCUGCCGGUGUUCGAUAACGAUAACGACUUCAUCGACUUUGCACUCGAUGCAAUGAUCCAUUCCCUAGAACCGCCGUACGUUCACAUUAUCUCGCCGGGAGACUUCACUGUUGCGGGCUGGGAGAUUGACCACCAACUGGAUGAGGUGGUGUGCGGAAUCACGUCGCCAGAACGGUAUCGCCGUACCAGCAUUCCAGGCAGCUCGGCAGCAGCGGAUGCCGCGUCGGCGCUGCGGCUCAGCACCGCCGUGGCAGCGUGGCCCUCACCGGAGCCACGGAGCAGCAGCAAGAUACCUCGGCCGCCAUCGGAACCGAAGCCGCCGUCAGGGGGGCGGGUCUCCGAAACGACAGCGGCGAAGCCGCCGUCCCGUGGGUCGCGGAUACCGGCAUUGCCACCCUCGACGGCUCGGCCGCCGGUACGAGUCCAUCUAAACCCGCGCAACAGUGGCUUGGACAUGGCCCUGAGUAUGGAUGAGGAAGGUCCCAUGGCGCAAGCGAGUGUGGCCAGCUCGACAGGGCGACCCACGGGUCCUAGUGGUGGCGAACCUGCGGCCACUGCCACUGCAGCCGCCGCCGCCGCCGCCGCAAGACCUCCAGUACGGGUGCAUUUAAGCGCCCGCAACAGCGGCUUGGAUAUGGCCUUGAGUAUGGAUGAGGAGGAGCUCGCGGCGCAAGGCACUGUAGCCAUGGCAGCCAGCAACAACAGCAACAGGAGCAACGUCAAACCGACCGCGCCUGCACCAUACCCGGAAGCCCUGCCAUCAAUCCUCGAGGAUAAGAGUGCUUUCUUUGGCGACGCUGAUGGUGAAGAGAGAUGGAGGUACGAGCACGAAGGUGGCGCCGCCGAAGCCGGCAGUGGCGGCACCGCCGGCACCGCAGGCACGGCACGACCGCCGGUACGAGUCCACCUAAACCCGCGCAACAGCGGCUUGGACAUGGCCCUGAGUAUGGAUGAGGAGGAGCUCGUGGCGCAAGCGACUGUGGCCAGCUCGACAGGGCGACCCACGGGUCGCAAUAGCCCUGGAAGUAGCACCCGCAGCAGCCGUAGCGGCGUCAUAAAUCCGACUGGACCUAACAGGUACACGGAAGGCCUGCCAUCCAUUCACGAGGAUCAGGGCACCCUCCCUAGUGCAGCUGACGGCGGCGAGCAGGAAGAUGCUGGCGGGGGCGCCGACAGGUACAGAAACGCCGCCGGCGCUGACCUCAGUGCCGCGUCAACUUCCCGGCCGCCAGUGCGCGUAUACCUGCGGCCCAACAGCCGAGACAUUAACAUGGUGCUCAGUAUGGAGGAAGACGGCAUGUUGAUGGCGUCACCGGCGGUGCAGGAUGCCGACGCUGCCGACUCCAGGGAUGUGGCCGGGGCGGCAGUGCCGCCUCCACUGGACGACAUGCCGACACCGCUACAGGGCCCCCUGUCGGGGCGUAGUAAUCGGGCCAGCCUCCGUCAAGGCCGUCAGAGCGGCUCCCGCCCCAGCAGCGCGGCGUCAGGGGGUCCUGGCGGCGGCGGGCAAGAAUGA